AUGGACGUGGACAGAAACCACUACAUGUCCACUAACAUCUUUGAGUGGGCACUGGAUGGUGACGCGGCGGCUCUGAAGUGCCACUCAGACAGUCUGAAGGUGACAGACGAUGGUGGUGCCACCCCGCUUCACUACGCCGCCUCGAAAGGUCACAUCCGCAUCAUCAGACUCAUCAUGCAGAUCGCCGGCGCACACGAGCUGGACGUGGUGGACGAUGAUGGGAACACGGCUCUUCACUGGGCCGUUCAGCAGGAUCAGUGUGGAAGCUGCUCGGCUCUCCUCGAUCUCGGGGCGAAUCCCAACGUCCUGAAUAAAUCCUCGUUCUCGCCCCUGCACCUCGCCGUCAAACUCAAGUACAACCACAUCGUCGAGGAGCUCCUCUCAAACAGUCAGACGGUCGCUAAUCUGGAGGGAGAUUUGGGAAACACUCCGGUAAAUCUGGCAGCUUUAGGGGACAACCAUGAAGCGCUGUGCAUACUGCUCAGGAACGGCGCCAAACUGUGUCAGCAGAACAAGCUGGGUCACUUCCCCAUCCACUCCGCCGCCUUCGCUGGAGCCAAGAGGUCCAUGGAGGUGCUCCUCCGAAAAGGGGAGGAGAUCGGCGUUCCCCCCGAGAGGCACAUCAACUACCUGGACAAGUCCAGCUGCAGUCCUCUACAUCUGGCUGUACACGGAGGGAACCUCGACGUCAUCCAGCUGUGUAUCGCCUGUGGAGCCAAAAUCGACCAGCACCAGUGUGAUAAAUCCACGGCGCUGCAUUUCGCCUGCACCCAGGGCGCCACGCCGGCGGUGAAGAUCAUGCUGAGGGCGUACGACAGAGUGCUAGACAUCGUCAACAUCACCGACGGAGCCAACCAGACGCCGCUCCAUAAGGCGACGAUUUUCGAUCACUGUGAGCUGGCGGAGUUCCUGAUCUCACAGGGUGCGGACGUCAACUUCACCGACUGUAAAGGCCACUCGCCGCUGCUGCUGGCUACCAGCUGUGGUGCGUGGAAGACCGUGAACCUGCUCCUGUCCCGCGGUGCUGAUCUGAUGGUGAAGGAUAAAUCCGGCUGUAACUUCCUGCACCUCACCAUCCUGCAGCCUCGGGGUCUAAGGAACCUUCCAGCUGAAGUUCUGCAGCACGAGCGAGUGAGAGACCUCCUGAACGAUGAAGAUUCGGAGGGUUGUACCCCUCUGCACUACGCCUGCAGGCUGGGGAUUCCAGAGUCAGUGAAGAACAUGCUGGGCCUGGAGGUCUCGCUCGACCAGAAGUCCAAACAGAAGAAAUCAGCGCUGCACUUCGCAGCCGAGUACGGCAGGAUCAACACGUGCCACCGACUCCUGGAGACCAUGACGGACACCCGACUGCUGAACGAGGGCGACGAGAAGGGCAUGACCCCGCUACACCUGGCAUCGCGUGGCGGCCACGUCAAAGUGGUUGAGCUUCUCCUUCGAAAAGGGGCUCUGUUCCACAGCGAUUAUAAAGGCUGGUCGUGUUUGCAUCACGCCGCGGCUGAGGGAUUCACACAGACCAUGGAGAGAUUACUCGUCUCCGACAUCAAGCUUCUGGAUAAAACCGACACGGAGGGAAACACGGCGCUGCACUUGGCGGCGAGAGCCGGACACGUCACCGCCGUCCAGCUGCUGCUGCUGAGAGGAGCUCAGAUCCUGCUGAACUGGAGCGAGGCGUCGUUCCUGCACGAGGCCGUGCACAACUACAGGAAGGAGGUCGCCAUCGCCGUCAUCGACAGCGACAGGUGUGUGGAGGCCGUCACCACGUUUAAGGUGCGCUCAGCUAAACGCUGCAUCGUUAUGGACAUGAUCGAGUUCCUGCCUGAAUGUUUCAAGCAUCUGCUGGACACGUGCAUCAAAGAAUCAGAUAAAGACGUGAACUCCUGCGACUACUACCUGGAGUAUAACUUCCAGUGGCUCCAGCAGCCCAUUCAAUACGCCAAGAAGAGCGAGAACAAAGAGAAGAACGGCAUCUACAAACCUCUGGUCGCCCUGAACGCCAUGGUGGAGUUUAAUCGCGUGGAGCUGCUGACCCAUCCGCUCUGCAAGAAAUACCUGGAGAUGAAAUGGCACGCGUACGGAGUGAAAGCUCACCUGCUGAACAUGACCAUCUACACACUGGGGGUUUUACCUCUCACCUACCUGAUCGUCAAACUGCGGCCCAAUCUCACCGUGAACCAGAACGUCACCUCCAUCAAUAUGAUGACCACCACACUGGACAAGCAGUGUUACGCCAUCACGAGCUGCAUGUUCCUGGUCUUCACCAUGAACCUGUACGCGGUGGGUAAGGAGCUGGUGCAGAUGGGGCAGCAGAGACUGAAGUACCUGUGGGAUAAGUCUAAUCUGAUGGACUGGGCGUCGGCCGUCUGCUCUCUGCUGUUCGUGGUUCCUCUGCUGCUGAACGUGAAGGAAUCGUGGCACUGGCCGGCGGGCGCGUUGGCAUCUCUGGCAUCCUGGGUCAACCUGCUGCUCUACCUACAGAGGUUCGAGAGGUUUGGGAUCUAUGUGGUGAUGUUCCGUGAGAUCUGCAGCACUCUGCUGAGCAUCAUCCUGAUAUUCGUUUAUCUCAUCCUGGCCUUCGCCUUGGCCUUCUACGCUCUGAUGAUCGAUCAGAGGAACUUCGGUGGGAUGUUCCUCUCGCUGAUGCAGACCUUCGUCAUGAUGGCGGGCGAGAUCAACUACCAGGACACCUUCCUGAAGCCCUACAUGACCAAUAAGCUGGCCUUCCCCGUCCUGACAUACAGCAUCUUCAUCUGGUUCGUCCUGCUGGUGCCCAUCCUGCUCAUGAACCUGCUGAUCGGAUUGGCCGUCGGCGACAUCGCGGAGGUGCAGAACAACGCCUGCCUGAAGCAAAUCGCCAUGCAGAUCGAGCUCCACACCAAUCUGGAGGAGCGUUUACCCUACUGGUUCAUGAAGAGGGUGGAUCAGGUGACGGUUCGGGAGUAUCCCAACAAGUGCUGCCCGAGAAAGAAAUCGAUGGCGUGCAGACAGAAGGUGAUGAAAGCCAGAGCUCGUCUCAACCCCAACUCACACCAGUCCACGCCCAUCGAGUGGGAGCUCACCAAACAGAAGUACAGAUUGAAGGAGAUGUGCGACUCGAUGGAGAAGCAAAACAACCUGCUGAAGCUCAUCGUACAGAAGAUGGAGAUCAGCUCCGAGGCGGAGGAAUGUGACGGGCCGCCCAUCCGGCACGCCGGCAAACUCCACAGCAGGAGCAAGUGGGGGCCCCUGCUGCGGGCUGUUACUGCCAGGAAGAAGUGAUCGCACCGGGCACAAUUACUGCCAUGCUAAUCUUGUUUUAUUGGAGUGUGUGUGU